AUGUGGAAUUAUGAAUGGACAACUCGAAAAAAUACUACUGGUGGUUGUUACAAGCAUUUCGGAUUACCAGCAAAUACAAUAAAUAAAAUUUAUGAACAAUUAGAGUUAUUGCAGAAUACAUACAAUAUAAAUUUCCUCACAAAUAUUUUUUCAAAUUUAGGAAUAUAUACAUUAUCAAAGAAUAUUGGGAGCGAAAUAGUUAAAUAUGAGCCACUGUAUGAGAAACUAUUGCUUGUAUUAAAUAGUGGCUUACAAGUAAAGAUAACAAUAACACUUAACUUUAUAUCAGCAUUAUUGUACCUUGAUGAGGAUGGACCAACGAGGAAAAAAGCUUUAUACAUUUAUGCACAGAAUAUGCUACGCAAUAGUGGUUGCCUAACAGCAAUGUCUAAUAUAUUCGCAAGUUCUAUGUUGCAUCAAGAAACAUUGAAAGCUCUUUGUCAUAGCAUAAGUGAAGCUGUUCGUGAUUCUUCGGUCAAUCAAUCUUUCUGCUCACAUUUAGUACCUUUGUGCAUUCAAAAAUCCCGCUGUGGAAGUUCAGAAAUAUUUUCAGUGUUACAAAGUCUACUCAACAAACAUAAGCGUAAUGUAGAAUUAUUUCACCAAAAUAAGGGAAUGGAAUUAUUUUCUAGGUUAGCCAAUGGGCCUCGAUCAUUUUAUAUUCAUAUAAAAAAGAGUAAGAAAGUUCUAAAGAACUACGAAAAAAAUGAUUCCGAUACAGAAGUAGACACAUGUAGUUACAGCUUCACCAAUUACAUGCGUGAAAGAGACGCCAUAUUGAAGAGCAAUAAAGAUAAUAUUGAACAUUCAAAACACAUCAGCGUGUUUAGUUUAAACGACUGCAACACAUGCAAUGACACAAUUGCUUUGAAACAGAAAUUGGCCAACAAUUCGUCUUUGCAACAAACUGUCAAAAGGCUGAAGAUGGGCAUAAACCUAUAUGGAUGCGACUUUAAGAAAAUAUCAAAGGCUAUGUGGCCACAGGAAAAGUAUAUGACUCCGAGUGUGCUUUACAAUUUGUACCGUAAACUUAUAAUUAAA